AUGGUGUCCUCAUUGCCUGAGCUGCCUCCCCCUCUCUCCUUCCUCUGCAUCAUCGGCAUCCUCAUCGUGUACGCCAUGUGCUGCUACCUCAUCAUCGAUUUCAUAAGCGAAUACCAAGACGACAGCCCCAACGAGGAACACCACUCAGCUGACUACAGCUCCUAUUUUCACAUAUCAGUGGAGGAGCUGCAAGAGAUCACUUGCCUCUACCACAACCACAAUGCCAAGGGAGCUUCCAUCUGCGCCAUCUGCUUGGAGAAUCUCCGCCACGCACAAGUCUGCAGAGUUCUGCCGGCUUGCCAUCACCACUUCCAUGCUCACUGCAUCGAUCCUUGGCUCUCCAUCAGGCUCACCUGCCCGACUUGUCGAGCUCCCUUUAGAUCCAGCCGUGCUUGA